AUGGCUGAAAGAGAAGCCAUCAAGACCUACCGUGCCAGCUGUCAUUGCGGUGCCUUUAUCUUCGAGGCCCGGGCGCCCGAGAUCACAUCAGCGGCGGCGUGCAAUUGUAGCAUCUGCACCAAGAAGGGCUAUUUAUGGACCAUCCCGGCAGAACCUAUGACUAUCGUCAAAGGAGAUGGAUCCCUCAAGGAGUACACUUUCGGUCCAAAGAGAACGGUUCACAUGUUCUGCCCAACAUGCGGCACACCCGUCAUGGGUCGGAAUGACAACCUUCCUGCAGGGCAAGAGAUUGCGCUUAAUGUCCGGACCUUCCAAGACCUGGACAUUCAGAAGCUGGAACGCAAGGUCUUUGAUGGUCAGAAGUUGAACCCCGAAUAUAUCCAUGCGGCUCCCGUGUUUGCCGGGCCCGAGCCCUCGGCCGUUGUCGAGGGUGGCAAGGUCUACACGGGAAGCUGCCAUUGUGGCGCCGUCACUGCUGCUGUCAAGGUCGAACCCUUGGACGACACUUACCCCGGUCCCAUACUUGAAUGCAUCUGCAGUAUUUGCCAGCGGGGCGCAUAUAUCUGGAUCUAUCCGAAGAAUGAACAGGUCGUAGUCCAAGGCCAGGAGAACCUGUCAUACUACGUGUUCGGGUCGGGCAACUAUCGCAAGGCUUUCUGCAAGACCUGCGGUGUGCACAUCAUGAAUGACCAAAACCCCCUUACCGAGGAGGAAAUCACAGCCCAGCCGGAAGCAUCCCGAAAGAUGCGGGCUAUAACGCAAGGCUUUCUGCCAGUGACGCUUCGGAUACUCAACAAUUUUGACAUCCAUUCCGUCAAGACUGCUGUAGCCAAAGGGGGGAAGGAGCUGGCGCCAGCGUAUGUGAAUCCAUAA